UUAGAACAACCUGGUACAAUAUCAAAAAGGAGUAAGCAGUAUACGAUCGUCAUGUGUGUAUAAAAUUAUAAAAAAAGUAUAGUCAAUGGGAGAAAAAUUUAUUUAGCACUUAUUUCGAACUUCAAUAUGUAAUUUGAUAUCAGUUUAUGACUGGCGGUUUAUGUCUUCACUUUUAUUGUCUUGAUACAUGUUGCAUCGAAAUAUCAUUCUCAUCAUCUUCAAACAUAUACGCCGCCAUAAUCGAAUCUCGAAGCUGCGAGAAUCGAGCUUCGAGAAUCGACAGGAAGCCGGAGAUGUUCGUACGUGGCGCUGAAUGGCUAACUCUUCCUUUUCCGGUACGACGUGCCACUGGUGCCUGGAAGGCAUUAGAGUCCGAAUCCGGUAAGGAAUCCGGAUCGGAUUCCGAGAAUGAGAGUAAAAGCGAUAGCUCUUCUUCCGGGAGUAAUAGCGGUACAGGAUCCGGCUCCGAGAGUGACUCUAGCUCCUCGAGCAGUUCCGGUUCCGGGUCAGGCUCUGAUUCAGAAAAGUCAGAGAAGUCGGAUGCACCUGCACACAGUGAUAGCUUCCAGAGCAAAAGCUCAAAUCACAGCACAGAGACAAAGAUUAGGGUUAAACAUGGUCGCGAAUGGGAAGAGAAUCCUGACAUAUAUGGCAUCAGGAGGUCUGGGCGUUCGAGGAAAGAGCCGGAAAGGCUCGCUACAAACCGCGGGAGCGACAGCGAUAGUCGCAAGAAAUACAAGAAGAAGAGUUCACACACUUCGUGGAACUCGGAGACUUCAGAUUCAGAAUCUGAUGAAAUUGAAAAUCAAAGGCCUCCACCUAGUAAAUCCCUAAAUAGACGUGCGGCGCAGAAAGCGAAAGAGAAAGCCAGAGCACGAAAGAAGCGCAUUUCUGAAUCUACUGAAUCUUCCUUCGAUAGCGAUGACAAUAGAAGACAAGUUACUAGAAGGACAGGCACGGCUGUCAGUUACAAAGAAGAAAGCGAAGAGGGAACCGAUAGCGACGAUCUGGUUGAGGUCGAAGAAUCUAAUGCCGUAUCUACAGAACCUGAUAAUGCUGAAACGGUUGAGCGAAUUUUGGGGCAGAGGAGAGGCAAGAAAGGAGUUACCGGCAACAUGACUACGAUUUAUGCUGUCGAGGAAAACGGUGAUCCCAAUCCACAGGAUCUAAGUGACGUAGAGACCGAAAUACAAUAUUUGAUUAAAUGGAAAGGCUGGUCUCAUAUACACAACACAUGGGAAUCGGAGGAAUCCUUAAAAGCACAAAAGGUUAAAGGAUUAAAGAAGUUGGACAAUUUUAUUAAACGCGAACGUGAGAUCAAACAGUGGAGAGAUGGCGCUGGACCAGAGGAUAUAGAUUACUUCGAGUGUCAGUUAGAGCUCCAACAAGAUCUCUUGAAGAGUUAUAACAAUGUCGAGCGGAUUAUUGCUGACUAUGACAAACCAGAUUCGGAACAUCCUGAUUAUCUUUGCAAAUGGGAAAGUUUGUCUUAUGUCGAAUCUACAUGGGAAGAUGGAGCUCUAAUAGUGAAAAAAUGGCCAGAGAAGAUUAGAGAGUUUCGUGACAGAGAGGAUUCCAAGAGAACGCCGAGCAAACAUUGUAAAGUCCUUAAAUCUAGACCCAAGUUUCAUCAAUUGAAAGGACAACCAGACUAUAUGGGCAAAGGGAAAGAUUUAGUACUAAGAGAUUAUCAGAUGGAUGGACUUAAUUGGAUGAUUCAUUCUUGGUGCAAGGAAAACAGUGUCAUACUAGCUGAUGAGAUGGGUCUGGGUAAAACAAUCCAAACGAUAUGCUUCCUCUACUAUCUAUUUCACACUCAGCAACUUUAUGGGCCAUUCUUAUUAGUAGUUCCAUUGUCGACGAUGACUUCCUGGCAGAGAGAGAUGUCUCAAUGGGCACCCGAUAUGAAUUUCGUUACUUACUUGGGUGAUGUCUCUUCCCGCAAUGUUAUCAGAGAACACGAAUGGUGCUAUAGUUCGAAGAGGCUAAAGUUUAACGCUAUACUUACAACAUAUGAAAUAGUACUUAAAGACAAAACAUUUUUGGGUGCCUUAAACUGGGCAGUGCUAUUAGUGGAUGAAGCUCAUCGAUUGAAGAAUGACGAUUCCCUUUUAUAUAAAGCACUUGCUGAAUUUCAUACUAAUCAUCGUUUAUUGAUUACUGGUACCCCAUUGCAAAACAGCUUGAAAGAGUUAUGGGCCUUACUGCACUUCAUCAUGCCUAUGAAAUUUAAUUCGUGGGAAGAAUUCGAGAAGGAACACGAGAAUGCUGCCCAGAAAGGAUAUUCCAAGCUGCAUAAACAAUUGGAACCAUUUAUUUUGCGCCGAGUGAAGAAGGACGUUGAGAAAUCUUUACCUGCCAAGGUUGAACAAAUCCUACGAGUGGAAAUGACGUCGGUGCAGAAACAAUAUUAUAAAUGGAUAUUAACCAAAAAUUACAGCGCGUUGCGAAAAGGCACUAAGGGAUCUACGAUGACAUUCUUAAACAUUGUUAUCGAAUUGAAGAAGUGCUGCAAUCAUGCCUUUCUUACGAAACCUACCGAAUACGAGAAGAAGGAUAGUAAUGAGGAUUAUUUGCAACAAUUGAUCCGUGGUUCCGGCAAAUUAGUGCUUCUGGAUAAAUUAUUGGUGAGACUGCGCGAAAAGGGACACAGAGUUCUGAUAUUCAGCCAAAUGGUGAGAAUGUUGGACAUCAUCGGUGAAUAUCUGCAAAAGAAGCAUUUUCCAUUCCAAAGAUUAGAUGGAAGUAUAAAAGGCGAAUUGAGGAAACAGGCACUGGAUCACUUUAAUGCAGAGGGUUCAACGGACUUCUGUUUCUUAUUGUCAACGCGUGCCGGUGGUCUUGGUAUUAAUCUUGCCACCGCGGACACCGUGAUAAUCUUCGAUUCUGAUUGGAAUCCGCAGAACGACUUACAAGCGCAAGCUAGAGCGCAUCGAAUAGGACAAAAGAAUCAGGUCAAUAUCUAUCGUCUGGUUACAAAGAAUUCGGUCGAGGAAGAGAUUGUGGAACGUGCGAAGCAAAAGAUGGUCCUUGACCAUUUAGUGAUACAGAGAAUGGAUACAACCGGACGAACAGUAUUAGAUAAGAAAAACGCGGGGACCAAUAGCAAUCCAUUUAAUAAGGAGGAUCUGAAUGCCAUUUUGAAAUUCGGUGCGGAAGAUCUAUUUAAAGAUGAAGAGGAUGGAGAUGAAGAGCCAACCUGUGAUAUCGAUGAGAUAUUAAAAAGAGCUGAAACAAGAGACGAAGGACCAAUGACAGUUGGCGAUGAAUUGUUGUCUGCUUUUAAAGUCGCUAGUUUCGCUGCAUUUGAAGAGGAAUCUGAACCAAUAAAUCAAGCAAACGAUAACGAUGACGAAAGUAAAGACUGGGCGGAAAUCAUUCCCGAAAACUUCCGCAAGAAAGUAGAAGAGGAAGAGAAAUCAAAAGAGAUGGAGGAUCUUUACCUACCGCCAAGAAGCCGGAAGACUCUUCAGCAAAUUAACGAAAGCGGGAAGGGCAAAAAGCGCAAGAAGCAGGACGAAAGUGAAGAUGGUGACGAAUCAGGUAGCGACGUAGAAGGCAGCGACGAUGAAAGACCCAAAAAGAGAGGCAGACCAAGAGUUACACCGCGUGAGAACAUCAAAAGCUUUACCGAUGUUGAGAUACGAAGAUUUGUCAAGAGUUAUAAGAAGUUCCCGGCGCCUCUGAGACGAUUAGAUGAUAUCGCAGCCGAUGCCGAGUUACAAGAAAAGCCAAUGUCGGAAUUACGUUUCCUAGGCGAACAACUAAAGUCUAGAUGUGACACGUGUUUGGCAGAGUUCGAGAAUACCGCAAAAGAAAAUAAAGGUGGCGAAGAAGAAGGUAAAGGACCUGGUCGUAAGAGAGGACGUGGUCCUACCUUCAAGAUGGGUGGUGUCAUGGUGAAUGCAAAGUCCUUCUCAGCAGCAGUUAAGGAACUCGAGCCUCUGGACCAAGCUCUGCCGAACGACCCUGACCAACGUGCUACUUGGUAUAUUGAUUUCAAGCUGAAACAGGCGAAUUUCGACUGCGAAUGGACUUCUGAAGAUGAUUCCAGACUGUUGAGGGGCAUAUAUCAGCAUGGUAUGGGUUCGUGGGAUGCAAUUAGCAUGGACACCAAUCUAAAACUCGGAGAUAAAAUUCUUCUUAAUGGCAGUAAAGCACAAUUGAAACGCGUCAAUACGCGCGCAGAAUACUUACUGAAAGUUUUGAAGAAGCAAAUCGACUUCAAAUUAGGAGUGACGCGAGCGAGGAAGCCGAGAAAGCCUAAAGAGAUGAAAGUAAUUACUAAAGAGAUUGUAGAAGACAAUGAUUCCUCUGGUGAUGAAAAUAAAAAGCUGAAGCCCAAAGUUGAUAAGCCGACAGUCAAGAAAGAGGAUGAAGUUGUUGUAAAGAAAGAGAUCAAAGAAGAAGUUGAUGAUUUGCCUGAGGAAAAGAAAAAAGAUAAAAAAAUAAAAAAAGAAAAGAAAGAGAACAAAAAGACAAAAAAAAAUAAACAACCAGCAGGUCCAAUGCAUUUCACGGCAAAUAAUGAACCAAGGGCUCUUGAUGUACUUGGAGAUUUGGAUCCUUCAAUAUUCAAUGAAUGUAAGGAAAAAAUGAGGCCAGUAAAGAGGUCUUUGAAAGCUUUGGACAGACCAGAUGAAUCCUUGAGUCCACAGGAACAAGUGACUCAUACGCGCCAUUGUCUUUUACAAAUCGGCAAUCAGAUUAAUACGUGUCUUGCGGAAUAUAGAGAUCCUGAACAGAUCAAGGAAUGGCGAAGUAAUCUCUGGUACUUCGUUUCCAAAUUCACAGAGUUUGAUGCGAAGAAGCUUUAUAAGCUGUACAAGCACGCGAUGAAGAAGAAUGUCGAUAGCAAUGGCGGUGUCUCUUCUAGUCCCGAUAAAAAGGAGGACUCCAGUGUCACUAAGAAACAUAAUGAGAAGCUUCAUGACAAACAUAUCGAGAAACAGCAAGCGGAUGGUAGUAGUAAAGACAGUAGAAUAGGAAAACGUAAGCUCGAUGAAAUCGAGGAGAAUUCGAAUAGCAGUACUUUAAGUAAGAAACAUCUUUCGGCUAUUUCUGCUGUCAGCAAUAUCAGCAGCACGUCCGCAGUUACUAUCGGUGCUAUUACGAUAACUCCUAUAACGUCGACACCGAAUUCCAUAUCGAGUACGACCAACAGUGCAGAUACCUCGAGACAUAAGGAGCAAAAAGAGUCGAAGCACAAAGAUAUGAAGAGGGACAGAGAACGAGACAGAGAUAGGGACAGAGGACAUAAUGAUAGAAAUAUAGAUAGGAUAAGGGGUGGUAAGGACGAAAGAAUUGGAAGAGACAGUGGGGGAUAUAGCAUUGGACAUUAUAGUGGUAGUAGGGAGGACGAUCAUUGGAUGUCAAGAGACGGGGGGAGAGACAUGAGAGAUAACAGAUUCAACGAUCACAAGCGCGAUCGUUUUGACUCGUACGGGCGAAUGUCCGGCGGUUAUCACCGAGACAGAGAUAGGGAACGAGAUCGCAAUAUGCACAUGAAUGACAAGAGGAAGUACGUUUACAAUAAUGCACACACCAACGCUCCGCUUCACGAAAAACGACCCGUCUCACGAGAGGAUUCCUUAAGUGAUUAUUACAGGUACGCGUCAGGACCACCGGGUUACGGAUACGGUCCUGGUGGUUACGGUGGUGGUAGCGGUAGUUAUCCUACCGCGGACAUCACGUCAAGUCACUUCAGAGGACGGGGCUAUCCGAGUGACAAUUAUACCGGCGAUUGGCGGCCGAACAAAGAUUACAGAAGGGAAUACGACAGAAGGCCACCACCGCCAAACGCCAACUCCUAGUGCUCCUUCCUCGCCUCCGUUGUUCCGGACGAGUACUCCAAGGCAAUUGUGAUACCGUCAAACUCUUGUAUAUAGUCUUCUGUGUAUGAAUGCGAAUCAUGAGAUGCACCGAGAUGUGGUUUUUUGUGUGAUUUGUCACAACGCUUGUAUUUAUAUGUAAAAAAAAAACGGUAUUCCAAUUAAUAUUCUUAAUAUUUACGAAUAACGUCGCGAUGAUAACGUGAAUCACGGCAGACCACAGUAAUCUCCGCGAAAAAUUUCACGACAAAUAAUAAGUGAAUUAUGCGUAAGAAAACAGGCGGAAUCGUGUUCUUAGCUCGCACCAAAGAAUCAAUCUAAAAUUUAUUACAGAAAGUUGUUAAUCCGCUUAAUUUGGAAUUUAAUCCCCUGUAUAUAUUGGAAAAUCGUGCGAAGCGUCGGAAAACAACUAUUUUUAUUGUUUUGUCAAACAUUAAAGCUCCUGGCUAAUCGCUAUGAUUGUCCUUGUUUAAUGAUAUCAGAAGCGAGAAAACACAUGCCAAGAUUUCGUCCGUUAUACUUUCAAUUAAAAAGAUAUAUCUAUAAAGUGACAUUUGUGAUCGAUUCAACACACUUUUAAAAUUGUCCGAACACUUUUACUCAAACAAUCAAUAAAUAAUCGCAAAAUUAACUUGACAUGGAACCUUCCUUUUUAACCUCUUAAGAUUAUGUCAAUGUUAAUUUUGUGACUAUUUAUUGAUUGUUCGAGCAAAAAGGAAAGUAUUCGGACAAUUUUACAAGUAUGCUAAAUCGAUGACCAAUGCUAUUUUGUGGAUAUAUCUUUUUAAUUAAAAGUAUAACGGACGAAAUUUUGGCAUGCGUUUAAUGCCAAAAUUAAACAAGGACAGUUACAGCGACUAGCCUUAAAUUCAGAUAUCCAAAUUAGAUUUUAUCAGUGUGCAAUUUCGCUAACAAUAAUUUAUCAAAAACGUUCGAGCUAAAUUUUGUGCAUAUGCCUGUAUAUUUUAUAUUAUAGUGUAGAUCGAUUUUUUUUGUUAUAUCCGUUACGUAACGAGUAUAUUCGUUAAGUGACAGCUUCCGAAAUAAUAUAUAAUAUAUUUUGCAUUUUCAGUACAUAAUUAUAUACAUAUGUAUGUGUUUAGUUUAGAUAUAUAUCGCUAGUUUAGAUAUAUAAUCUACUCGAACUCUAUCAUAAAUAUCUUGACUUGAUAAUAUGAAAGCCUGAUAAUGGUAAAUUGUCUAAUUUUAUUGCUAACACAACCUAAAGUCCGACUGCAUUGCAAUAGACAUAACAAAUGGUCGUGUUUCAUUAUAGAACAAUGCCUGUAAAAUUGUACAAACUGUGUAUUAAUUAAAGUGUCAUGAUUUUUCUACAAA